AGUGCAACAGAGAGCCAGUUCUCGUAAGUUACGAAGCGUCUUCCUGAACCGGCACAUCAAGCGCAAGGUUGUUGUGAAAGUAUCUGCGACUGUUUGACUGACGCCGCUGGCCGGCAUUCGUAGUCUUUCAUUCAGCCGUACAUAUUUUCCUGUUCGCUUAGGAUCGAGGACUUCGUCAUGAAGCUGGGCGCUGCUUUCGCUUUGGGUGGGUUGAUUGUUGGUGCGGUUGCACAUCCGCUCAAUAUCAAACGCGCUGUGACUACCGAGGUGGUCUUCGUCACCGAGACGGUUGCUGAUGCAGUUGUGUACGUUGACGAGAAUGGCUCCCCGUACCUCACUUCGACCGUGGAGCGCGCCACCACCACCGCAUCCACUUCAGUCGAGCCCACUUCUGUUGCGUCUUUCACUGCGAUUCUGACCUCAGCUCCGGCCGAGUCUCCGCAGCCAGCUCCAGCUCCACCGCUAAGUCCGUCGCCAUCCGCUGAGCCUUCGUCUGUUGUUAUCCAGAACGUAGAACUCACAUCCACUGCUGCCCCCAUCCCGCCGGCGCCAGCACCCACUUCCGCAGCUCCGGCGCCAGCGCCCACUUCGGAAGCACCUGCUCCAGUGCCUGAGCCGACUGUUCAGGCUCAGGAGGCCCCGUCACCUGAGCCAUCUUUCCAAGCCCAGGAGGCUCCUGCACCGCAACCAAGUGCUGCCUCGGCCGAUAGUUUUCCUCUCGGCAUCACGUACGAUCCGUACAAAGGCACGAAUGACAAGGUGGACUGUAAGACCGCAGACGAGAUCACCGCAGACUUCAACACGAUGAAGGACUACAAGAUUGUCAGGAUCUACGGCAACGACUGCGGCCAGAUUCCUGUCGCUGUCCGAGCAGCCAAGCAGAACGGUCAAAAGUUGAUGGGCGGUAUUUACGCGCCUCUUCAGGACGUCGAUAGCGUCGUCAGUGCCUUGUCGGACGCAGUGAAGAAGGAAAACGGCGGCAGCUGGGACAUCAUCAGUCUCGUUAGUGUCGAAAAUGAGAGAGUCAAUGCAAAGGCCAUGACUGCUAGCGACGCCCAAUCCACCAUCGAUCAGGCACGCACAGCGCUCCGGAAUGCUGGAUUCAACGGACCGGUCGGGGCAGUGGAAACCGUCCCUGCUGUUAUUGACAACCCGGGAAUUUGCUCCGCAUCCGACAUGGUGCUAGUCAACGUGCACGCCUGGUUCGACCCCAACACCAAGGCCGCAGAUGCAGGCAAGUUUGUAAAGAGCGAGGUCGCCCGCGUCAAGAAGGCGUGCGGCAACAAGCGCGUCGUCGUCACCGAGUCGGGCUGGCCGCACCAGGGCGACAGCCACGACCAGGCCGUGGCCUCGCCGGAUGCGCAGAAGGCGGCCAUUGCGUCGAUCCGCGCUGAAUUCAGCUCAGAUCUGUUCCUCUUCAACGCCUUCGACACGCUCUGGAAGUCGGACGACGCGUCUACGUUCAAUGCGGAGAAGUACUGGGGUAUCUUGUGAGGUAUUCGACCCGGGCUGGAGCUGAGGGCACGGAGUGUGGUUAUCUUCGAGCGGGCGAUGAGUCGGUGUAUGUUUUGUGUUCAUUUCUGCCAGGCUUAUCGCACGGGGGUGGAUAAGCGAUGCAUUUUUGUGUUAUGAAUCAUGGACAUGG